CACUGAGUAAGUGACUAAAGUGUCGUCUGUAUAAAAGUUAAAUAUAUGGAGAGCCCAAGGAGAGGGUUUAUCGGGGGAUGGUCUUAUCUUAUCUGCUGGAGUUAAAGAGCAGAAUGGCUUUGGGGACAAAGGUGGCUCUCCUCCUCAGUCUUGCAGGAAAUGCAGCGCAGGCGUCGCCCAGAGGGGAGCCAUUGAAAGUAAAGCAACCGGGGUGGGGCCAAGACAUCAAGGCAAGGUUCCUUGGCAUUGAGAAACACCCAAAGUGUCUGGGCGAUGCCAUAUUGGAUGCCGUGGUUCCUUCUACAGAAGCUUGUGAGGACAAAAUGCAUUUACUAAUUUGUAACAAAUGGUUACAAAACUUUCACCAUUAAUAAACAUUGUUGUUUUACACAUUUACCUCUUCACUUAUUGCCAGUGAUGAAAGGGAAUCUGAUGUUCUUGUCAUUUAGCAGGGAUUUUUUACCCUAAUGGCCAUCCAUUGGUAAGGUCUUAUUUUAACACAAAAAGAAUGUGUGCUUGCAAUGAUUUAGGUAUCUACUGCCCCUAUCAUCAGUGAAAAUGCACACUGCCACUUUAAUUUUUAAAAUGCAAUCUUCCAUCUAAACUGUUUUGUUUGGAGAAUGUAAACAAAUGUUGAUAUUUGGGACAUUAACUUUGCUGCAUUUUAGCAGGGAGGACCCACCAGACCUUUCCACCCAUAGGUCUGGCAGGCCGGACGUGGCCCACAAGCCGCCAGUUGAAGUUCACUGCAAAAAAGUGACAAAGGCAAAACUGCCUCAAAGAUUUUUGUCUAAAAAGGUAAAAACCUCCACCUGCAGCUUGCUGGAAAUUUUCUUUUUUUUUUUUCAGUUUAUCUUCAGCUGUUUGGUGAAUCAUUGUUUGGUGAAUCAUCACGUCUUCAUGUGGGACCUCCAGAGCUCCACAAAACUUUCCACUUUCUCUCUCAAUCAGGUGAGAAGAAAAUAAGGUUUGGAGGUGGUUCUGCCUUUUUCCUACAUUGUUAUGCCAGCGUCUUUUAGGAGUUGCCUCCCCUCCACCAUGAGACAGUUUAUAAGAGACGAGCCACCCAAACCUGCAGGUGACCUGGAAGCCGUUUGACUCCACGAGGUGAUUCUGCGUCAGACAAAACAGAAAAUCACGUUGACGACAUGUGGCAGAAGGCUUAUGACUUUGCAGUUGAGGUGGCAAGAAAAGCAGGAGAGGAAAUUCGUAAAGCUGGAGAGAGCGAAAUAAAAGUGAUGACAAAGAGCUCCUCUGUGGACCUUGUGACUAAGACUGAUGAGAGGGUGGAGAAAAUCAUCAUCGGGUCACUAAAGGAGGAGUUUGGAGAGGAUGCACACUGCUUCAUUGGGGAGGAAUCUGUUGAAAACGGAGAGCCGUGCAUCCUAUCAGACAAACCUACCUGGAUCAUUGACCCGGUUGACGGCACCACCAACUUUGUGCACGGAUUCCCAUUUGUGGCUGUGUCUAUUGCCUUUGCUGUCAAUAAGGAGUUGGAGUUUGGUGUGGUGUACAGCUGCUUGGAGGAUAAGAUGUACAAAGCAAGACAAGGGAAGGGGGCUUUCUGUAACGAUGAGAAGAUUCAGGUGUCUGAUGUAAAAGAUAUCCACAAGUCCAUCAUCAUCUCUGAGCAUGGGACGGACCGCAGCCCCGAAAAAGUCACCAAGAUCUUCUCCACCAUGCAGAAGAUCCUCUGCAUCCCAGUGCAUGGGCUCCGUGGAUCAGGAACUGCUGCCACCAACAUGUGUCUGGUGGCGACCGGCGCGGUGGAGGCCUUCUUUGAGAUCGGCAUCCACUGCUGGGACAUUGCCGCUGGAGCGGUUAUCAUCCAGGAAGCUGGAGGAAUCCUUCUAGAUGUUGAUGGCGGCCCGUUUGAUCUGAUGUCCCGAAGGAUGAUCGUAGCAAAUGACAAGAUCAUCGCUAGAAGGAUCAUCCAAGAAAUUGAGAUCUUCCCGUCGUUAAGGGAUGACGCUCCCAUUCAAAAGCACUGAAAGGGACUCUCAUUGCUUUUUGAGUAUUUUUAAAUAUGCUGUAGGAUUAUUUUUAGAAACUGUUUAUAUGUGUUUCCUGUGUUUAGUUCCUGUGCUGUAAUUACAGCUGAUUGCCUGCAUCUGAAGACUUCAUGUGAUCCAUUUGCUGCACAUUUAGCCUUUAAUAUCAUUUCAGUCUCCUGUUUGGAGCUUGUAUUAAAUGUGAUUGCUCCCUUUGUGAUCUAUCAAAGAUCUUUGAUUAAAGUAGAAAACGGGCUGUAAUUUUGCUCUUAGCAAUUUUUUUUACUUCUGCACAAUUUUCCUGCCAUUUCUUUCUUUUUGCCUUUGGUCAACUGUGUCAGUAUUUGCUGCAAUGCAAAAACUAAACCUGCUUUUCUGUAAAUGUUUUGUUUUUCUGACUUUAUUGUGUAGCUGUGGAAAAUAUUUUCUUCACGUGUAUAAAACCCACCACUAGAGGUCAGUGAUGUAUCAGUAAUUAGCCAUCCCUGUUAUUGCAGCACCUUUUUAAAGCUGCACGUUUUAUUGUUUUCACAACACUCUGGGAGUACUUCAUCUAUAGUUUGGCUUGCAGACACCUUUUCAAACCUGAGAGGAGGAAAAAUGCCCAAAGACUCAACAUUACUUUUAAUUUCUGUGAAGCAUUGCAACUUUUCUUCCUGAUGACUCCUACCUGAGCAAUUGGCUUUGACCAGGAGGAGGGGUGAGAGCAAAAAUCAGCUGCAGAGUCGGGAGCCAAGCAACAAUAACAUCAGCAGCAGGAGGUUGUUCUUCCUUUUGAAUCAGGACACGACUCCCAAGCUGGGAAAACUCACCUCCCAGCAUUGGGUGUUUCAAAACGAGACCCCUCGUUUGGAAUGGGGAGGAAAAUAGUUGCACAUCAGCUGCUGUUUAACAUUUGCUUGAACUUGCCUGAAGUACCAGAUGGUGGAAAUCUGCCUCGUAGGACAAUAAAAUAAAUGCCAAGGAACAGAUUCGUAAAAGUCAAUUUCAGCAUAUUUAUUGGGAAAUUUGCAUGUUUUUCCCACUUUUUGGAGUGAAUUUGGUAUUCCAGAGCCGGACAAGGCCCAGCAUAACUCCAGGCUUCUUUUUCUCUAACAUGUUGUGUCAUCAAAUCCAUUUCAGUUGGAUGAAGAAAUUAAUUUUAUACUGUACAAUAUGUUCCAGCUUAUAAAGGAUGAAUUAAUGAUUUAUAAUUUAGCGAAACAUAGCUGUAAGCAAUUAUACGGAUGUUAAAAAGUCUCCUGCCAUUCAUCAUAAACUCCUCUUCCUCUAAUG